UCAAGUACAAGCAGAUUUGGAAUAAUGGAUUGUAACCUGACUCGAAGAAAAAUUGAUUUUUUCAAUCAAGCGCUAGAAUCCAGAGAGUAUAAGCUCGAAAAUCUCUAUCUUCAAGACAAGAAUCUCGAAAUAAGAGAAUUUUACAACUUGGCUAAACUGGCAUCAACUACAAAACCUAAAUUAUUAGGUUUUAAAGAUUCCGAUCUGAACUUCGAUAAAUUAGAUUCUUUUGCCAGAGGAGCUUCAGAAAACAAAUUGCAGCUUCAUACAUUGACGAUUAUGGAAGAAAAAUCAAUGGAACCCGAAGUAUUCUUCAAAUUUGCCCAGGUUGCUUCAGUCACUAACUCUGAAAAAAUAUGUUUUCACCACUGUAAUCUAACAAAUGAAAAGCUUGAUUCGUUUUCACAAGGAGCAUUAGAAUGCGGAUUAAAGAUUCCGAUGCAAAUACUCCCACACCAGUUACUAACAAGUUCACAAGUUCUUUUUAGGAGUCAAUAUCUUGUCAGUCAUUUUGCAAAUUGGUCAAUUGCUUUUAUAAAACAAUAA